AUGGCGCUGCCACUGCAAGAUCUGGUACCCGCUACGCUGCUCCAUUCCUCCUGUUCCUUGGAGAAGACGCUGCAGUGCAGCUGCUCUUUCUACGGGAUCCCCACACCCUCCGUGCAGUGGUUGAUGGAAGGCGUUCCUGUUAGUGUGAACAGCAUGGAUAACAUCCUCCAGGUGUCUUCCACCAUCACUGCCCCCUGGGCCAACAGCACCAUCAGCCUGGCCAAGCAGCCAGAAGUGGAUACGCGCCUUCUCUGUGAGGGGAAGAACCACAAUGGAAGCCAUGCUCUAAGCAUCCUGCUGAUGUCAAGAAAGAGUUCUUUGGGUCCCCAGACAUUCAUCAACGGGCUCUUCCGGGGCUUUGUCUAUGGAGCCAUUGCGGUCGCGCUGUUCUGCCUCUGCCUCCUCCCACUUAUAGUGAAACAUACCAGAAUGAAGCAGGCAAAGAAAAUUGCAGCAACCAAAGCAGCAAGGAGUCCUAAAGUCAGAGAACGCCGAGAACCCAAGAUGCCUCUGAAGACUGAGGAACCAGAAAAAUGUAUAAUUACCCCAUCUUCUGAGAGCCAGAUACUGGAAAAGCAAGAUAAACUGGAGCUGACAAACGGCUCCAGUGCACAUCAUCAGGCCCUGAUUGGCUCCGGGAUGGACUCGCGCAUGCGGGCGGAGUUGCUCCAGGAGCUGGUAUCCACAGGUGACCUCUGGCUGAGGAAGCGUCGGUGA